GCGUGCCCGAAUCCAAAUAGGCAACUGUCCGGAUCUGUCUUUUAGAAAAUGAAAAAGAAAUUUUUCUCUUCUUUUUUUUCUUUACUUUUUCGUUAUGGCUAUACCACGUACACACCAAGCUUCUUUUACGCCAGGAGAAAUUGAGUUUAUCGCAGGCUCUGAAUUGAUCUCGAUUAUUCCCAAGAUAAAAAUACCACGUUUACAUUUUAUUCAAGGUUCCUUUGGUCCCUUUCAACCUCCCUUGGCUGUGAAAGUACCUGUUUGGCUAGCAUUGAUUAUGAAAAAGAACAGCAAAUGUAGCAUUCUUUGUCCUGAAUGGCUUAAUAUUGAAUACUUGAAGAAGAGACAUGAGGAAGAAGAAAAAGAAGAAGAAUUCAGCAAAUUACCCUUUCAUUAUAUGGAAUUAUCACAAAUGCUACUAGAAGCUGCUGAGGAUGAUAUUCCUGAUUCUGAACAAAUCCGCAAGAUUCUUAAAGAUCUUCGAGAAACAAGACAGGCAAAAUCAAGAGCUGGUCUUAGCGUACUUGAUGAUAAAUGGCUUGGGAUGAACAACCUAUCUUUAAUGGAAAUUAAUGAAAUUAGACCUUUCUUUUCUCGCGCCUUUAAUGAGAUCAGAAAACUUAACGUUACUGACAAAAAAGAAGAAGAAUAUGGACAAGGAUCAACUGCUGACAAUACAUUUAGUCGUAGCUAUACAACAUGAUGAUCGCUUUUUUUUUUUUUU